AUGGCGCCCUCUACAGUGGUUCCUCUAGAAUUUCACGAUGAAACGAAGUACCGUUUGGUUUCCGGUUUCUUGGGACUCCUCUCUCUGGAGAAGCUGCCGGAGCAGCAACUUUCCUCACCCCAAGGGCUUCCACGAGAUAUAGUUUCACAAUCUUUGGAUCAUGAAGGCCUAUUAAAAAUUAAAACUGAAAUAGAAAAAGAGCCGACAUCUUUAGACAAAUAA